CCAGGGGCACACAGUAGCGGCCACCGAAGAGCAAGCAGCACUGACAAGCAGAGGUGCACCCCGCAACGGCACCUUGCUGCAUGGAGCUGGGCCACUGAAAGCUGCUGACAUCCCAGGGUCCUGGUUCCGAGGCUCAGCUGGCUUCUGUCUACUGUCAGCACCAGGACUGCCUGGGAUCUGGCAUUCUGAGCCAUGGAGCGGUGCAGCCGCUGCCACCGCCUCCUUCUGCUCCUACCUCUGGUGCUGGGUCUGAGCGCUGCCCGGGGAUGGGCAGGUGCUCCCUCUGUGGAUGUGCUUCGUGCCCUGAGGUUCCCCUCCCUUCCCGAUGGUGUUCGGAGAUCAAAAGGGGUCUGUCCGGGUGAUGCGGCUUACCGUGUGGCACGGCCUGCCCAGCUCAGCGCACCCACCCGCCAGCUCUUCCCAGGAGGCUUUCCUAAAGACUUCUCUCUGCUGACGGUUGUCCGGACCCGCCCUGGCCUCCAGGCUCCCCUCUUGACUCUAUACAGCGCCCAGGGAGUCCAGCAGCUGGGCCUGGAGCUCGGCCGCCCUGUCCGCUUUCUCUAUGAGGACCAGAGGGGACGGCCACAAGCCUCCGCUCAGCCUAUCUUCCGAGGCCUCAGCCUAGCAGAUGGCAAGUGGCACCACGUGGCUGUGGCUGUGAAGGGUCAGUCUGUCACUCUCAUUGUGGACUGUAAGAAGCGAGUCACCCGGCCCCUUCCCCGAAGUGUGCAUCCGGUGUUGGACACCCACGGGGUAGUGAUCUUUGGUGCCCACAUCCUUGAUGACGAAGUCUUUGAAGGCGAUGUUCAGGAGCUCCUCAUUGUCCCAGGCGUCCAAGCUGCCUAUCAGUCUUGUGGACAGAAGGAUCUGGAAUGUGAGAGAGAACAGAGGGACGGACCUCAGACUCAGAAGCCUCACAGAGCCCAGAGGUCUCCAAAGAAGGAGCCAGCAAGACUUCAUAAGCCACAGAGCCAGGAGCCCCAGCAGCAGCCCACUGAGUCUCUCUACUAUGACUACGAACCCCCCUAUUACGAUGUGAUGACUACAGGGACAGCCCCUGAUUAUCAGUACCCCACCCCAGGCGAAGAGGAAGGAGUCCUGGAGUCCAGCCCCUUGCCAUUCCUUGAAGAGGAGCAGACAGAUCUCCAGGUCUCCCCAACCGCUGACAGUUUCCAGGCAGAGGAAUAUGGGGAGGGAGGCACAGACUCCCCAGCAGGGUUCUACGAUUACACCUAUGGCUAUGGGGAUGAUUACCGUGAGGAGACCGAGCUUGGCCCUGCCCUCUCUGCGGAGACAGUUCACUCAGGAGCCGUUGCCCACGGACCCCGGGGGCUAAAGGGAGAGAAGGGAGAGCCUGCAGUGCUGGAGCCCGGUAUGUUUGUAGAGGGACCCCCAGGCCCGGAAGGCCCAGCGGGAUUAGCUGGACCUCCUGGCAUCCAGGGGAACCCAGGCCCGGUUGGAGACCCCGGUGAGAGGGGCCCCCCUGGCCGAGCAGGGCUCCCUGGAUCAGAUGGACCCCCUGGUCCUCCCGGCACGUCUCUGAUGCUUCCAUUCCGGUUCGGCAGCAGUGGGGGUGACAAGGGCCCCGUGGUGGCAGCCCAGGAGGCCCAGGCCCAGGCGAUUCUGCAGCAGGCACGGCUGGCACUCCGAGGGCCACCUGGCCCCAUGGGAUACACGGGCCGCCCUGGACCAUUGGGUCAGCCUGGGAGCCCUGGCUUGAAGGGAGAAUCUGGAGACCUGGGCCCACAGGGCCCCAGAGGACCUCAGGGCCUCACAGGCCCUCCUGGCAAGGCUGGACGAAGGGGCCGAGCAGGUGCAGAUGGAGCCCGUGGGAUGCCCGGAGAGCCUGGCGUGAAGGGUGACCGAGGUUUCGACGGACUUCCAGGGCUACCUGGCGAGAAGGGACAAAGGGGUGAUACAGGUGCUCAGGGCCUUCCUGGGCCUCCUGGUGAGGAUGGAGAAAGGGGUGACGAUGGAGAGAUUGGGCCACGGGGGCUGCCUGGAGAGUCGGGACCUAGAGGACUCCUCGGCCCUAAAGGUCCCCCUGGUAUUCCUGGACCCCCGGGAGUCCGAGGCAUGGACGGUCCCCAUGGCCCCAAAGGGAGCUUGGGACCUCAAGGAGAGCCAGGACCUCCUGGACAACAGGGCACUCCUGGGACCCAGGGCCUCCCCGGACCUCAGGGUGCUAUCGGUCCUCAUGGAGAGAAGGGUCCUCGUGGGAAACCAGGCCUCCCUGGCAUGCCUGGAUCAGAUGGACUCCCGGGUCACCCAGGGAAGGAAGGUCCCCCUGGAACCAAAGGGAACCAGGGCCCCUCCGGACCACAGGGUCCUCUAGGAUACCCAGGCCCUCGAGGCGUCAAGGGAGUGGACGGAAUUCGGGGCCUGAAGGGCCACAAGGGUGAAAAGGGCGAGGAUGGCUUUCCUGGGUUCAAAGGUGACAUAGGAGUGAAAGGAGACAGGGGCGAGGUUGGAGUCCCUGGUUCCAGGGGCGAAGACGGCCCUGAAGGGCCGAAAGGGCGCACUGGACCUACAGGAGACCCCGGGCCCACUGGGCUCAUGGGCGAGAAGGGCAAGCUAGGCGUUCCUGGUCUGCCUGGCUACCCUGGACGCCAGGGUCCCAAGGGGUCUCUGGGGUUCCCUGGUUUUCCUGGAGCCAGUGGAGAGAAGGGAGCUCGGGGCCUGUCUGGGAAAUCAGGACCUCGGGGAGAACGGGGCCCCACGGGUCCAAGAGGUCAGCGGGGACCUCGAGGUGCCACUGGGAAAUCUGGAGCUAAGGGAACAUCAGGUGGUGACGGUCCCCACGGGCCACCCGGAGAGAGGGGUCUUCCUGGACCGCAAGGCCCCAAUGGAUUUCCUGGCCCCAAAGGCCCUCCGGGCCCUGCAGGGAAGGAUGGGCUGCCGGGACACCCUGGCCAGAGGGGAGAAGUGGGAUUCCAAGGAAAGACUGGCCCCCCAGGCCCGCCAGGAGUGGUGGGACCUCAGGGAACAGCUGGAGAAAGCGGUCCCAUGGGGGAGAGAGGUCACCCUGGCCCCCCAGGACCUCCUGGAGAGCAAGGACUGCCUGGAACAUCUGGGAAGGAAGGGACCAAGGGUGACCCUGGUCCCCCUGGGGCCCCAGGGAAGGAUGGUCCUGCUGGUCUGAGAGGUUUCCCAGGAGAACGAGGCCUCCCGGGCACUGCUGGCGGACCCGGCUUGAAGGGAAAUGAAGGUCCAGCCGGCCCUCCUGGCCCCGCAGGCUCUCCUGGGGAGCGAGGUGCAGCAGGAUCAGGGGGCCCCAUUGGUCCCCCAGGACGUCCAGGCCCACAGGGUCCGCCUGGAGCAGCAGGAGAAAAAGGCGUGCCGGGCGAGAAAGGCCCUAUUGGUCCCACUGGUCGUGAUGGGGUGCAGGGCCCCGUGGGGCUUCCUGGUCCCGCAGGACCCCCAGGCGUGGCUGGAGAGGAUGGAGACAAGGGUGAGGUGGGAGACCCUGGACAGAAGGGAACCAAAGGAAACAAGGGUGAACAUGGCCCUCCUGGACCUCCUGGUCCCAUCGGUCCUGUGGGGCAACCUGGAGCUGCGGGAGCUGAUGGUGAGCCCGGAGCUCGGGGACCCCAGGGACACUUUGGAGCCAAAGGUGAUGAAGGAACAAGAGGGUUCAAUGGACCCCCGGGACCCAUCGGCCUACAGGGCCUGCCAGGACCCUCUGGGGAGAAGGGAGAAACAGGAGAUGUGGGGCCUAUGGGACCCCCUGGCCCUCCAGGAUCUCGAGGCCCCGCUGGACCCAAUGGUGCUGAUGGCCCACAAGGUCCCCCUGGAGGUGUUGGAAACUUGGGUCCCCCUGGAGAGAAGGGUGAACCAGGGGAGUCAGGGUCUCCAGGUGUCCAGGGCGAGCCGGGUGUCAAGGGUCCACGUGGAGAGCGUGGGGAGAAAGGAGAGGCUGGGCAGGCGGGAGAGGCUGGGCCACCAGGGCCCAAAGGCCCUACAGGCGACGAUGGCCCCAAGGGGAACCCUGGUCCUGUCGGCUUUCCCGGGGACCCUGGCCCCCCUGGAGAAGCUGGCCCACGGGGCCAGGAUGGUGCUAAGGGAGACCGAGGCGAGGAUGGCGAGCCAGGACAGCCUGGAUCCCCUGGUUCCACCGGGGAGAACGGGCCCCCUGGACCCCUUGGAAAGCGGGGACCUGCUGGCACUCCUGGUCCAGAGGGACGGCAAGGAGAGAAGGGAGCUAAGGGGGACCCUGGUGCUGUGGGGGCCCCGGGAAAGACAGGCCCUGUGGGUCCUGCAGGCUUAGCAGGAAAACCCGGCCCCGAUGGUCUUCGGGGGCUCCCGGGCUCGGUGGGUCAGCAAGGCCGCCCUGGAGCCACAGGCCAGGCUGGGCCCCCGGGUCCUGUGGGACCCCCAGGGCUUCCUGGCCUCCGGGGUGAUGCUGGAGCCAAGGGAGAGAAGGGCCACCCAGGUCUCAUCGGACUGAUUGGGCCGACCGGAGAGCAAGGCGAGAAGGGCGACCGUGGCCUCCCUGGACCUCAGGGCUCACCCGGACAGAAGGGAGAGACGGGUAUCCCAGGAGCAUCUGGCCCCAUCGGUCCUGGAGGGCCCCCCGGCCUGCCUGGACCCUCUGGCCCCAAAGGAGCUAAAGGAGCCACAGGCCCGGCUGGACCCAAGGGAGAGAAGGGUGUCCAGGGCCCUCCAGGACAUCCGGGCCCCCCGGGCGAGGUGAUCCAGCCACUGCCCAUCCAGAUGCCCAAGAAGACCCGCCGCUCUGUGGAUGGAAGCAAACUGAUGCAGGAUGAGGAGGCUGUGCCCACUGGCGGUGCCCCGGGCAGUCCUGCGGGGCUGGAGGAGAUCUUUGGCUCCCUGGACUCUCUGCGGGAGGAGAUCGAGCAGAUGAGGAGGCCGACGGGGACCCAGGACAGCCCUGCUCGCACCUGCCAGGACUUGAAGCUGUGCCACCCCGAGCUUCCUGAUGGAGAGUACUGGGUUGACCCCAACCAGGGCUGUGCUCGGGAUGCCUUCCGGGUGUUCUGCAACUUCACAGCAGGAGGGGAGACGUGUGUCACGCCCAGGGAUGACGUCACACAGUUCUCCUACGUGGACUCCGAGGGCUCCCCAGUGGGUGUGGUCCAGCUCACCUUCCUGCGGCUGCUCAGCGUUUCUGCCCACCAGGAUGUCUCCUACCCUUGCUCUGGAGUACCCCAGGAUGGUCCCCUGAAACUCCGAGGGGCCAACGAGGAUGAGCUGAGCCCUGAGACCAGCCCUUACGUCAAGGAGUUCAGAGAUGGCUGUCAGACCCAGCAAGGCCGGACGGUGUUGGAGGUGCGCACGCCUGUACUGGAGCAGCUGCCCGUGCUGGAUGCUUCCUUCACAGACCUGGGGGCCCCCACAAGACGGGGAGGGGUGCUUCUGGGGCCUGUCUGCUUCAUGGGCUAGGCCUGACUCUGAUGCUGACAACCAAAGCCAGGUCCAGGUGGAGUCACACAGCACAGACUCCAUGUCACCUCUCAUGAGGAUCUCUCAUCGUCGAGAGGGCCUUGGGCCAGGGAUCUCAAGCCUCAAGUUGGGCAGCACCCAGGGCUGGGGUGAACCAGGGGUGCCCCGACAGCCCAGGGGGAGGGUGGUACCUGGGCCUCCGGCACUCCCACUUAAGAGCUGAGACCUUUAUUUAAAACACUUCCCUGUCACCCCAAAUAAGUGGAAGAGAAAGGACACUGUGUAUUUUGUAUUUAAAAAAAAAUAAUUAUAUUAAUUAUUUAAAGAGUGGAAGAACAAAGUAACAAAGAAGAUAAAGAGAGAAAUGCCAAAAAUCCCAGCAAAUGUUGGGGAUAGGUGCUGCAAGGGUGGGCCGGCAGCCCAUCCUCCACUCAGGGUUUUCCCUAGUGCCUGUGGGUGUGGCUUCCUGGGAUGAACCCCUCCUUCUCCUCCCACCUGGGGCGCCAAGAAUGCUGGAACAUGGUCUCCCCUGCCUCAGGACUCCAGCCCUCUUUCCCCAGGAUCUAAGCUCUGUGACACAUCUGUCCCUGAGAGGAAUGACCUGCUACUUAAGACCAGGCCGCCCCUGGAAGGGAGACCAGACCAGAGGGCUGUGCAGGCCCUUAUGGAGAUACUGAUGUUCUGCCAGUGGCUCUGAGCCACUGUCCUGGCCACACCUCCUCACCUUCCCUGAUUCUGGAGAGAAAGCUAAUGCCUAGCCUGUGGCCAGAAGGGACUCCCAGGACCCCUCUAGCCCUAUGCCCAACGUCCCUCCUGACUGCCGGUUAAACAAUGUGAUUGUCUCCUC